CCAGUCAUCGAUACUUGAAAUAGUUGCUCCCCAAUGGGGGGGGACGCCAGUCCGACCGGCAUCGGGACUCCGCAGAGGGACGCGUCUCGCGAGCUGGAGUCAGGCUGCAGCCGCCGGGGAGAGGAGCUGCUCUUACCCGACCUCCACCGGGAGGAAGAACCAAAACAUCCACUUUUAAUUUCAUAUUUCCGAGCAGCAGAGGAGCGUUGAGGGGAGCGCGCGACAUGGAGACCGGCUGCGAGACUGGGAGACCCUAGCGAAGGAAAAGGGAGGUAAAAGGGGCGUCGGCAUCUGAGGUUGGGUUAAACAGAAGGCUCCUUGAUUCCUGCGAUGCCAGAAGAAGCCAAAGAGGACGCCAUGAGAACGCCAGCGACACCGGAGAAGGCGUGCAACAACGAGCCCCCCGCCGCCGUGGUAAACAUCCCCAGGGGGGUCAACGAAGUCCAGCUGACCGCCGCCACCGGCGGGGCGGAGCUGUCCUGCUACCGCUGCACCGUCCCCUUCGGCGUGGUGGUCCUCAUCGCCGGCGUCGUGGUCACCGCCGUGGCCUACAGCUUCAACUCGCACGGGUCCACCAUCUCCUACUUCGGCCUGGUGCUCCUCUCGGCCGGCCUGGUGCUCCUGGCGUCCAGCGUCGUGUGCUGGAGGUUGAGACUGGAGAGGAAGAAGGAGAGGCGACGGGAGAGCCAAACCACUCUGGUCGUCAACCAGAGGAGUAUUUUUACUUGAAACCGCCGAGUGGACACGCGUCCUGGUUUCUCUGAGUCGGGCAAGAAAAAGGCCCAGGUUAUACUUUCUUUGGAGGGUUGGAGAACCAGCGGACAGAUGUUGUCCAGCAUGUGUCGGACUGCCGACCUUUUUAAAAGCUUUGACCGCAGACUCUCGAGGCCCAGAUGCUUUGAACACAUUGUGAGGGAUUUAUUUAGUCAAACAGACGCUGAGCAUCUGGCGAGCUGGGAACGCAGCCAGAGGGAAUGUAUCACAAUUAAGAUGAAUUACCACUGUGCGAAGCCAUGUAGAGGAAGUCUCCCAUUAAUCUGACGGCUUUGAUUGUGAUGGGAGGGAUUGCGGUUCUGAAAGAUCCCAGGAGAGCAGAAGGAAACUGAAGAACACAGGGACAAUGAUUCAUGCCUCAUUUACCACACUUCAUCUCGGGCCUAUCGGUUUGUGGAGCCUCAACGGUCAUCUCACAGGGAAUGAUUGGACACUGUUCUGGAAGUAUGGUACUCGAUAUGAGGAUUUUCAUUCAAAUCUGCCAACAUAUUCUCUUCAGCAUAUCAGAUUAAAUGGCCCAUGACGAUCAAGGGAAUAUUUAACCUUUAAAUAUAUAUUCUCUUAAUGCACUUUGAGUAUCAUAAUCAUCAUAUUUAGUAUUAAACGUCUAUUAACUAAUAAAGUAGCCUAAGUGAUUCAUGCAGAAUGCUGCAGCCCAGUCACAGAAACAUCUGCAGUUGUGUGUUGAAUGUUAAUGUAAAUAAAAAAUAAUAAGUAUAAUAUCAGCCUCAGCUAACACUUGUAGAAAUGCACAAUGUGACAUUGUAAAUUAGGCUUAGACUACAAAACUACUUGGUAAAGCUUAUUGUUAAGAAAAUACCAUAACAACGUAACAGUAUAAAAAUAUAAAGUAACAAUGUAACGGAAUAACGUAACAAGAAAACAGAAUAACGUAACAAGAAAACAGAAUAACGUAACAAUGUAACUAGGUUACGGAAUAUCAUAACAAGAUUAUGGAAUAAUGUAACAAGGUUACGGAAUAGCGUAACAAUGUAACGUAACAAUGUAACAAGGAAACUGAAUAACGCAACAAGGUAACGGAACAAGGUAACAGUGUUACGGAGUAACAUAACAAUAUUACAACGUAUAAUGGAAAAAACGUAAGACAACAAUGGAACGUAAUGCAACAGUCUAAUGCAAUGUAACAACGUAAUGCAACAGUCUAAUGCAAUGUAACAACGUAAUGCAACAGUCUAAUGCAAUGUAACAACGUAAUGCAACAGUCUAAUGCAAUGUAACAACGUAAUGCAACAGUCUAAUGCAAUGUAACAACGUAAUGUAACACUAAACUUGACGUACUGGAAAAUGAAUAUUGGUUUUACACAGGACACCAACUGCUGUCUCCUUGGUGAAAGUCCUGUGUGUUUGACCUACCCACCGCUCCUCCCACCUGUCCUCAGUGGACUUACUGGCUUCUUAUACUCAUUAUCAUACUCCGUAACAUUCAAUAACGGACGCUUGUUGUCACUCGCUCUGACCAAAUGCCAAAAUGAUGACAUUCAACGUAUCCAAGGUUCGCAGAAUCGGACCGUGGCAACAUUUUUCCUGGCAACUGGGUUGAAUUGUAAGUAGCUCUGCUUAUUGUGGCAAAUGAAUAUUGUUUUGGGUAACGAUCACUUAUUGUCCAGUGUACCUCCUUAUUGUAAAGACAUACUUAAUGUAGCACAUGUUUUGUUUGUUGAUGUAAUCAUUUGCAUGUACCAGGACGUCAUGAGGUUUAAUAAACUGAUUGAUACACAGUUGG